CUCCUCCCUCUGCCUCCUCUCCUGCAUCCUCCCACCCUGCUCUGCUGCAUCAGCACCAGCCUCUCUCCAUCCUUAGAGCAUCUUUCUCCUUCCAGCUUGGCUGAGCAGGGAAGCUCCGUUUUAUCCAUUACUGCAAUUACCAGUAACCUCCCCCCUCUCUCUCCCCCCACCCCCAACCUUCAGCCUGCUCCUCCUCCACCCCAAAGAAGAGGGGUUCUUGCCAGCUGCCGUGUCUCACUGCUGUGCCACAGGGAGGGUGGGGAAGAAAACCCACUGAGGACCCGGAACCUCGCAAGGAAGCGCAAUGAAGGAUCGUACCCAGGAGCUGAGAAGUGCCAAAGACAGUGACGAUGAGGAAGAAGUGGUGCAUGUGGACCGAGACCAUUUUAUGGAUGAAUUCUUUGAACAGGUGGAGGAGAUCCGUGGCUGCAUUGAGAAGCUCUCAGAAGAUGUGGAACUGGUGAAGAAGCAACACAGUGCCAUCUUGGCUGCCCCCAACCCAGAUGAGAAGACCAAGCAGGAACUGGAGGACCUUACAGCUGAUAUCAAGAAGACUGCCAACAAGGUGCGCUCUAAGUUGAAAGCAAUUGAGCAAGGAAUUGAGCAGGAAGAGGUUCAGAACCGAUCUUCAGCUGAUCUGCGGAUCCGGAAAACACAGCACUCAACCCUCUCCCGCAAGUUUGUGGAAGUGAUGACAGAAUACAACACAACUCAGUCCAAAUAUCGAGACCGAUGCAAGGACCGUAUCCAGAGACAGCUGGAGAUAACUGGCAGGACAACAACCAACGAAGAAUUAGAAGACAUGCUGGAGAGUGGGAAAUUGGCAAUUUUCACUGAUGAUAUCAAAAUGGACUCACAGAUGACGAAGCAGGCCCUGAACGAGAUUGAAACCCGGCACAAUGAGAUCAUCAAACUGGAAACCAGCAUCCGAGAGCUCCAUGACAUGUUUGUGGACAUGGCUAUGCUGGUGGAGAGCCAGGGAGAAAUGAUUGACCGCAUUGAAUACAAUGUUGAGCACUCUGUUGAUUACGUGGAAAGAGCCGUCUCUGACACCAAGAAAGCUGUAAAAUACCAGAGCAAGGCUCGGAGGAAGAAAAUUAUGAUUAUAAUUUGUUGUGUGGUUCUCGGUAUAGUACUGGCCUCCUCCAUCGGGGGCACGCUUGGGUUGUAAAUUAAAGCAAAAAAAUAAUAAUAUUAUAAUAAUUUAAAAAUUGUACAUGCAGUGGAUAUAACAGCACAUGUUCCAGCUACCUAUAGAUAAAACAACUUUAUUGGGUCAGCAAAUCUAAGUUUGUUGUUCAGCAUCAUCUCUUCAUCCAUUUUUACUCAUUUGCUGGACGCCAGGGUUUCACCCAGAAUUCUCCAAUAUUCUGGGCCUCAACCGGGUGUCUCGUAACUGCACCUCCCCUUCCCAAUGCACCAUGGUCCAAAAUGUGUGAUUCCUGCCCACCCCACAGAUUUCCCCUUUUCAUAUCAAUGGUUAACCCUGUGGGAAGAAAGGGUUCGUGGUAUUCUUUUCCUAUUUUGCCUGGGAAAGGACAUAGCUGUGACUUGAGCAAUCAGCGCGAUGAAAGGCUGUUCUGUAACUUACUAGAACAUACUGUGCCUGAAGGAGCAAAAUACAUCAGUAUUAAAGUUGUAGGAUCAAGCAAGGGCCAUUGUCCGAGACACAGCUCUUUUGAACCUAUUUAAUUGCAUUCAGUAGCUGAGAGUGCAUAGGGAUUUCCAGUCCCAGUUUGUAGGAAGGGAAGGAUUUGAUGCCAGCGUUAACCUUUCCUUUUUCAUAACUGAUGAUAAGAUACCCCUGGGCUCACUCUCCUUGUCUAAUACAGACAUAGUUUCCAAGAACUGUAUGAGUUAAGAGUCUUCAAAGUUUUCAUUCUUAGGUACCUGGAAAAAAAUAGAGUAAAUACUCAGGGCACAAUCUGUUCAUCUGCUGCAUCCCCCUCAUCUCAACUUGCCUCCCCGCCGCACCUCAUGCACUCUUACACCACCCAGACCCUCCCUUCCUCAUUGGCCAAGAUCUACGUUUUCAGGAGGGCAACCCAUUCCUGAUGACAUACAUAAGGGACCAACUCGAGUAGCCUCUCAGAUAUUAAAGAGUGUUUGAUAUUAUGGUAUCAAUGCUCUGGUCAUUACAAAUAGAUUUUCCUCUGCUACAGUUUCCCCCAAAUAACCAAGAUGCAAUAUAGCCAUGCUACAAAUAUUGGUACAAUUGGUAUGAUUCCAUUUUUAAAAUACUGCACUAAUGUUAUUUAAAAUAUUUCACAGGUACAUCAAUGCUGCAUAUCAAUGUGGUAUUAUUAAGCAAUAUUGCAACUACUAGGAACUUGGGUUAUUUAUAGCUGAAAGAUAACAGCCCACGCUGAACCAUCAAGGAUGCAAGAAUAUUGCUGCCAUAUUAUCCCAAACUCCUGAUUUAAAUAGACUGAGAUGAGGAAAUUGAGACCCUGUCAUCUAGUAAUAACUGGGGACACAGGCUCACUUUUUUUAAAAAAGUGGAUUCAUGACUGCUAUGAAUUGCAGGAUUGUUAUUUCAUCAUUUGUACAUAGGAAUAAAUUAGUAAAUCAUUUCUCUGAUAUUUGGCAAUGCGAGUAGAUCCAAAGCUUUCUUCUAUAGCCUUCAAAUUAGGGCCAGUUUACAAGCAACAAUAGUCACAGAGAUAACUCUGAAGGAGGGAGCUGAGUGGGAUCAGAUCUACAGUGAGAGUAGGAAUUUAACUAUUUGCACUAGCUGCACUACUGAUAAAAAUCAGUGUGUACUCCCUGGGUUGCAAGUUUGCAAUGCUAGAAAAGCACACAGUAUGGAAAGUUUGGUGCAAUGGGAGCUGUUUCCCAAUGUGAAUAGCAGCAGGUGGACAAGGACAUAGGCAAAGUCCCUUCCCCCUUUCCCUGGUCCUCCUAUUGUGUUAAAUAUUUAAUGUUUGUUUUUUAAAAAAUCCUAAGUGCCAGGGCUAACUGGAUGAACAAUGUCACAUUGAAUUUGGUUUUGAGAGGACCAAAAGAAGUAGCUUGGGGUUGCAGUGGUUGCUCAGAAAUAACACAGAUGAUGAGGGCAUACCCAUUUGGAGCGCAGGCAGGAAAUGCCAGUUUAUAUCUUGAAAAAUUAGUUACAUUAAAAAGAAAAUCACCCCUCUACCUGCGGGAAGCUUAUAGAGAUUCAUAUUUUAAUGUAGCAUCCUUCUUAUGAAAAUGGCACAACCCUAAGACUCUGCAUCACGUGUGACACUUUUGAGCAUGUAAUUCAACUCUGAGUGAUCUGGAAUUGGAAAGAGAUUGUGCCAGUUUGGGUGUCCCACUGCCAAAAAUCAACCAUAAGGAAAAAGUACCUACAGUAUUAGAGCAUGCAUU